ACUGCUGACGUGUGAAUAUUUCUCGGUAAGAUUGCUUUGCUUUAUCAUGUAAGGUAGAUCUAUAUAAGUCAUCGUGAUAAGUGCUCAAAGGGAAGGAUUCCUAAAUGAUUCUAGGAUUUUCUUGGAACAGUCAUUUUGGUGUUGGUCCUGAGAGAGUGUCCUAGACCCAGAGGAGGGACCUCUCACCACCAUCAUGGUGGACCUAUGGUAUCUCCUUGCACUAUUCCUGGUUCUCAUUGUACAGGUAACCAGGAGUAUGGGGAGCCUAGAGAAGCUAUCGUCAGAGCUAUGCCUCACCAAAGGAUUCUCUUCCAAUCUUUUAUGUAGUGCCUGUGGUAAUUUAGGUGAAUUUAACCUGAAUGAGCUCGAGGGACCCUGUCGGCAAUGUUGCCAAGAUGACGCUGAAGAUGAUUCCUUUGCACCAUUCCACCAUGCUCAUUUAGAAGUAUGUGGAUGAAAAUUGGGUCGGUUUCCACAGAUCCAAGCUUUUGUAAAGAGUGAGAGACCUAAAAAGUAUAACAACUUGAAAGUCAAGUAUCUGCGCGGUGCGGAUCCUGUCUUGAAGUUCUUGGAUGAGAAAAACAAGGUCAUCGAAACUCUAAGCAUUGAGAAGUGGAACACCGACUCAAUUGAUGAAUUCCUCAUGGAGAGGCUUAAACCUUAAACCUUCCAAAUAGUUAUAUAAAGGUCCUUAAAAUCCUUGAUGGGUUUGAGGCAAGAGUAAGAGAGAGAGAGAGAAUUUCAUUAAGACAUUGCUUAAUAAGAAUAAUUCUUGAAGAUCACACUUAGGUAUUGCUAUGGAUAUUUGAGUGUUAAGCUCUCCACUCAUUACCAGUAUUACUGUUUUUUUUCACAUUUCAUUGAACAAUUUGAGGAAAAAUGUCAACCAAAUAGCGUAAUGGUGCAUUGUAGGUUUGGACUUUCCAAUGUCGUCUUGUGUCAUGUAUAAAUAGCAAUGUCUUACUGUUUUUCUGAUUUCUGUGAAGAUUAUUAGCCAGAGAUAUAGCUAUGCUUCAUUCAAUAUGAAGGGAACUUCCUUUCCCUUGCUAUAAAAAAACAUAUCUCUUUAGUUAAGAAAAUAUGCUGUGUAGACAUAAGUAAAAAGAGCUCUGAACAAGCGCAGCUGAAUAUAUCCAUAUAAAAGCUGCGCUAUAUAAAUUAAUGCUUAUUAUUAUUAUUAUUAUUAUAAUAGUCCCUAUUCAAAAUAAAAGAAUCUUUUUAGCUAUUGACUGGCCAAAACAGAAAUACAUGUAUUCAAUUCUUGCAAAAAGACAGUCUUUCGUGGAAAUUCAGUUUUCCUGGAUAAAUGAUCAUAAGAUGCAUUCUUGUUCACGAACUAGUGAUAUAUUUACCUCUUACCAUUUAAUACUCAGAUCUUAUUUGACCUUUGACCCUAUUAUUUAUUAUUAUAUAUGUACUUAUAUGUAACCAAGAUCCUUGAAUGAAGGAUAGCUAUAGCAGAGUGCUGUGAGAUCAACCAUAGUCUAUGAAGACGGUUCAAUAAACCAAAUGGUGUGGACUGUUGGAUGCCAAUGUAUGGUUAGUCUUGUCUUCACUCUCUCUUAUCAUUACAAAGGAAAAUUUUGAUGAUAAAUCCAUUAUGAAUUAAAUUAUAAUACUGCACAUUCUUACAAUUUGAGAUUAUUUUUGACAAUUUACCAAAUUUGUAUUAUUGUACAUGUUGUUGCCAGUUAUAUGUAUUGAACUCACUCCAGUUUUCAACAUUUCCAGUUUGAAUAUAGUUGCUAGGCUAUUUCUAAGUAGAAUAGGGCUGCGAAUCAUGAAAUUCAUCUUCAGUAGCAGGUUAUAAGCUACUUUCUUUUACGCUUCUGAAAUCAUGAUAUUGGAUUGGCUGAGAGGCGAUUGUCCUACAAAUCCAUCAGUUGUUAUUUUCAAAUUAUAUGAAACUGACCCCAGAAUUCACCCUUUAUUGCAGGUCACCAUGCUAGAUUUUCUUUCAGUUUUAAUAUUGCAAGUGAUGUUUCCAUAUUAAAAACAAAAUCUACAGAAUUCACUUUUAAAACAUCAUAAUAAUAUUAAGAAAAAAGUGAAAAAGAAAAACAAAAAAGCACAAGUUAAUAGCAACCAUGUGCACAGAUUUGAACAUCAAGUGUUUACCUGAAUGGCUUGCCAGAUUUUUGUUUCUCUUGUCUUUGUGAAAAUUCCCCCAAGAUUUCAAUUGAAAUGAACUAGUUGGUCAAACACACAUAAUUCACAUAUUCUUAUCAACUCAAUUUUGAUGUUAACUCAUUUUAAUUCUAAUUAAAAAUGUAUUAAAAUAGUUUUUUUUUUCAACUUAUAGUAUGGUUUAGAACCUUGUGAAAUUAUUAUUUUUUCAAAUCUGUCAAUCAUAUUUAAAGGUAGCAUACAAUACCCACUGUUUCUCAAAAUCAUUUUUCAAUUACAAUCUAUUGCAAAUCAUUGUUUUGAUGAAAUACAUGUUAAUAUGUGGAGCAAGAUAUGCAUUUAACUUUGACAGAUUUAACUCACCCUCUUAGCUCUAAAUAAUAGGAUAAUGGAUGAAAUACCGGUGUAACAAUGAUCUGUUUGAAUGUGUGCAUUUUAAUUCAAUGAUGUAAAAUGUCUGAAGCCUGUAUUUUUAUGUUUUGUGGAUGUAUCAAUAAAUGUAUGAAAUUCAUGUUAAAAAUUGUUGCUCAUUAUCAGUUGAA